CCAAGAUCCAUCCCCUGCCAAGGGACAGAUCUCUGUCUGCACCAGGCAUUUUUCAGUAGUCCUGACCGACCAACUCCGAGUUUCCUUCCUCCCAAGUGUAACACAUGGAUGGGUUACCCCUGCGUCUGCCAGCACAACUGCAUUUAUCAUGAGGUCCCCAGGAGAAGGAUUGCUGGGGGAGGUCGGGGAGGCAGCAACAGGCCUAAAGGUGUGCAUCUGGGGAGAAGGAUGAUGCCUUUCCCUAGCAUCGGUGUGAGAUCUCAAUGGGUGACACAGGGACAGGAUGGGAAGGGAGAGGAGGAUGGAGACCAGCAGCUCGCGUGUCAUCAUCCAAUAGGUAAGUGGCUCCCCGGCUGCGGGACCGCAGGCACCCCCCGACACCGAGCCCUUGCCCUACCCCAGCUCACUUCGAGGCUGGCAACACGCCGUCAGUGUGUUGCACCGUUUUUGCCGUGCUCGGCUUGGGGCCCUCCGCAAACCGCUGAUGGGGGAGUUUUCCAAAGAGUCUGGAGAGGAGCAGUGUGAACAUGCUGAUGCGGAGCUCGCCACUAAUCUGUGCGGCAGGGUCUAAGGCGCGGUGGGGAGAUAUCUGAAUACUGUUUCCACAGCGUGCCGCGAGCCCUUGCUAUUGAAGUGAAAUCUGCUGUACGGAAUUCAACAGACAGCUGCUGCAUCAGCAUCAAAACUGUGUGCUGCUCUAUUCAGAGGCACCCCAUAAAUAUGCCAGCCUCCCGGCCUGGCCCGGCACAGCCGAAACUCCUCCGGAAGAGGUAGCAGCAACUGGUGGCCACGCUCGUUUGACUUGGGUUGCUUCUAGCAGUUAGCACGGGCACGUUAGCAGAGCAAUGUUCCCAUUCGGGAGCCGUGCCAUGGGGCUUUAAUUAGUAUUUUUUUGCAAGGGCAAGAGUGGAGCUUGGUUUCUUUUUUUCUUCUCCACUGGCCCUGCAAAUUCCUGGUGAUUAGGGCAAAGGAAUGGCUGGCCAGCUGUGUCCUCGCAUGGGCUUGCAAAGGGGCAGGGGAUGUGCCGAGAUAGGCAGCCACUGACAUCCUGGUGCUGAUUGAAAGAUGCCGUUUGAAUGGGGCUGGGCCAUGUCCAGAGAGUGUAGUCAGGGGAUGCUUGAUGGCCUUGCAGACCCAGAUCAACCCAUGCUGAGAAGUGGUGGCAGUGAACGCCACUAGCUGCUGGAGCGGCUCUGCAGAGGCUGUGGUGUUGCCAUGCCCCCACCUGAGCCUUUGUAGAUGGUGUCAUUGCUAUCCCCAUCCCGCUGACUGGGCUCUACGGGAAUGGCUGGGUCGGAUGCUCUGGCCUGUGUCAUGCUGCAGGUCAGGCGAGAUGCUCUCAUCAUCAGCAGGUGCCUGACGCUCCAGCACCCGCUUUAGUGCCUGACUAACGGGACAUGAUGAACCUGGCCUGGUGCUGACGCCUUGUGAUUCGGGAUUUUCCAGGCACGAUGACUGACCAGCUGAGCCCUUCUGAGCAGAUGGCCACUGGGGACACUUUUGGCGGAAGAACCGGCACGUUCAAGAUCACCAUCUAUGAGCUGGAGAACUUCCAGGGCCGGAAGUUGGUGCUGACCGAGGAGAGCCCCAACGUGACGGAGAAGGCGCUGGAGAAGGUGGGCUCCAUCCAGGUGGAGUCGGGCCCGUGGCUGGGCUUCGAGCGCCGGGCGUUCGCCGGGGAGCAGUACGUGCUGGAGAAGGGAGACUACCCGCGCUGGGACGCCUGGUCCAACAGCCACAGCAGCGACCGUCUCAUGUCCAUCCGCCCCCUGGGCAUCGACAGCACCGACCACAAGAUCCACCUGUUUGAGAACCCCGGGUUCACCGGCAGGAAGAUGGAGAUCGUCGACGACGACGUCCCGAGCCUCUGGGCCCAUGGCUUCCAGGACCGCGUGGCCAGUGUCAAGGCGCUGAAGGGAACGUGGGUGGGCUAUGAGUUCCCCGGGUACCGGGGCCGCCAGUACGUCUUCGAGAAGGGCGACUACCGCCACUGGAACGAGUGGGAUGCCAGCCAGCCCCGCAUCCAGUCCAUGCGCCGUGUGCGCGACCAGCAGUGGCACCAGCGUGGCUCCUUCGAGCACAGCUGAAGGAGACCCAAGCACCUGCACCCGCUGCCGCCGCCCCUUCCUGCUGCUGCCAAGCACGCCAAGAAGAAGAAGCUCAAGUGAUUUUUCCGAUGCUCUCUCAUUUCUGUGUAAAAAACCUCCUCAAUAAAGCUCUG